AUGCUUCCUUCAUAUUACCUUCCCGCUCGACCCAGGCAAUCGAGCAAUAGCGAUAGUACCGCCGCAGUGGGAGGUACUGGCAAUGUCGCCGCCGUGGUUGGCGCUUUGGCUGUCAACAGCGAGAACGGGACCACGCUAGGAUUUCCGAAGCCCGCGACCCCGGCGGCAGCGCGUUUCUCGGCGCAAUUAGCGGCGCAUCUGCAGCGCGCUAGCCACGAAAACGGCUCGUCGGACGACGAGGAGGAAGAGGGAGAGGGAGAGGACGACGAGGAAGCUGCGGAGGCUGAGGAAGCUGCGGGAGAGGCUCGUGACGCGCCACCCAUCAACUACUCUGCGUGUCACGAGAAGGUGGCGGAGGGAGAUGAUGCUGCUGAGCUGGCUUUCGCUCGUGCACGAAACCUUCACGUGUCGCCAUCGCGUCGGCGGCAGGUUGACGAAUCUGCCUGCGUCAAUCCCCGCUGCGUAAACGAAGCGGCGGGUUCACCUUUUUCCUCCCCCUCAACCUCUCCGUCCGCCGCUUCUGUGCAACGAUCCCCCACCUCUUCUAAGUCCCCCAAGACCAAGCGGAAGUCCAAGCUGCGCCUAUCGGCCGCGCAGAUCCAAGUGCUCGAGUCGCAUUUCACGGAAAUCGAGCGCGAAAUAAAACUGGAGACGCGGCUCAAGCUGGCGAGUCAGCUCCGAUUAAAGCCACGUCAGGUCGCGGUUUGGUUCCAGAACCGACGCGUGAAACACGCUACGCUGGCGAGAGAGGGGGAGCUAGCGCGGCUGCGCGCGGAGUUGGCGCAAGCGCACGCGGAGCUGGCGGAACUACGGAAAGAGAAUGAGCGGGCGAAGCGCGAGAUGGGGGAGUUGGCGGAGGAGCACAAGGAGCUAAAAUCGAAAUACGACGCGCUGCUGCCGCGUUCGUCGAAGAGAAAAUCGCCCGAAAACGAAUCCAUGCGUGCGCCUUCGCAGAAACGCGUGAAGCAGGAAAAUUACGAGGAUACUGGCGCGUCCGCAGGCUGCGCUGAACAGACUGACGCGCGCCAAUGCGGGGAGCAGAUCUCGGUGGCUGCUGAAGGUGUCUCCGACAUUAACUGCUCUGAUAAGACCAAGAUGGAGGCCUGCAAUACAGAUGAAGAUGUUCUUAUGACGACAUUCUUGUACGUGCGCAGCCUUUAG